AUGCGUCUCCGAUGCGUCUAUGGAUUAACAGUGAUCCUUGCUGUUGUCACUCUGGCAACAAGUGUCGGCGCUUCGUCGGUCGAUAUAGACUCCAAGAUGGUAAACCCCACAGCCGAGCUUGCGCUCACGUAUGGCAUGAGUGAUACUAAACCCAAGAGAUUAUUGAGAGCCGAGAAAUUUAUCGAAGAAGGCGGUGAGAACGAAGAGAGGGGAGCGUUCUCAAACAUUGUCGCCAAAGUAAAGGGUCUCGUGAAGGUUGAUCCGAAGCGCAUGCCGGUGGUACCGAAAGGACUAGCAACCGUUAGGGAAAUGCCUGACGAGGGAAACAAGUUCACACUCAAGCUCAAGGAUUUCUUGAACAAGCAGAAAUCACUGGACGAUGUGUACUCGUUGCAAGUAAAGGGUAAGAAGGGCAAAAAGCUGCUCGAACCUGAUGCGCUGCCCAUGUAUAUCAAAUUCAGUGAGCUGACUGCAGCGCAGAGGGGAGGCAAGGACAUGUAUGGAAUUAACGCGCUCCUGAACCACGUACCUGAAAAAGAUCUUCUGGAAAUCGCCAUUCGUGGAAUGAAAAGCACAGAUAAAUUCACUGUUGCGACCGCUGAUCGAGUACGAGCUGGGCUGAUCAGCAAGUGGUGGAGUGAGAAACUGAGACCACAUGAAGUUGCUAGCCUGCUAAAGGGAGGGGAUAUCACAUUGGACAAGGUCCAUAAAGAGGUGGCGAGAUUGUAUCUUAAUACGUACAACAAGGUCCACAUCACCACUACUGGUUAA